UGUUCGUUUCGUUCGUGUUCCGAUAUUUUCUAUUAGGUACUACAUUUUCCAGUUUCCAUCAGACUUUGUUUAUUUUUUAUUUGCGUUCGAGAAAAUUAAUUACUGUUGCCAAAAGUGGCAAUUACUCUCUUUGCGUUGCAAAUAUUGCGAUAUUUUGAUACUAGGUACUCUGUUUAAAAGCAUUUCAUGUUAUGGUGUCAAUAUAUUUUGUUGUAUUGUAAUGUAAAUAAAUAAUUUUCAUCCUUGUCGAAUUAAAUGUCUGUCUCCCUGUGCGUUUUGCGAGUCGAGAUUGACGAAGAUCUACCUGAGAUGGGUGACAAUCCAGCUGAUUCAGAAGCGGCAAAGGAACAGAAGAGAAGGGACCGCGGAGCCCGAGAAGCUAAGACCAUCACCGUGGAGACUUACGCAAGUGUGCUAACAGGUCCCAAUGUUCCGGGCAUCCUUCCCACCAGUUCCCGUCGCUCUCCUCCUGAAGGCAGCGUCUCGGAAGAGGACGAGACCAUCAGCUUCUUUUAUGGAAACCCCCUUGUUGAGGUCACCAAGGGUGUGCUACACUUGUACAAGGAGAAUGAACUAAAAGAAGCAGCAGAGGAGGCGAAAACGCUAUGCCUCCUAGCCGUGCCGGGAGCCCUGGGGGCUUCGGAUCUACUGGCAUUCGCCGCGGCCUGCCAACAAGACAUAGCCCACGUACGCGUGCUCAGGGAUGGUUCUCUAGACCACUACAUGGCUCUGCUGUCAUUUCGAACAAGCCAAGCGGCGCGCGAGUUCUACGAAGUAUUCGACGGGGUUCCGUACAGUAGUUUGGAGCCCAAUGCCGUGUGCCACAUGGCGUGGGUCUCCCGCGUGGAGUGGGCGCGCGACGGGACUCCGCCGAACAAGCACACGGAGCUCCCCACGUGCCCUGUGUGCCUGGAGCGCAUGGACGAGAGCGUGGCGGGCGUGCUGAGCGUGCAAUGCGCGCACGCGUUCCACGCGGCGUGCCUGGCGCGCUGGCGCGGCGCCGCGUGCCCCGUGUGCCGCGCCGCGCAGACGCCCGAGCCCCGCGGCGCCGCCAGCUGCGCGCACUGCCGCGCUCACGAAGAAGAAGAGGAAGGUGAAGGCGAGGAGCCCCGAGACAUCCAGAAUCUAAGCGGAGUGGCUGAAGGCCUCCCGGACGGGGCGGAGUCAGGCUCGCUGUGGAUAUGUCUCAUCUGUGGUCAUGUGGGCUGUGGGAGGUAUAAAAAUGGUCACGCAGCUAAGCACUUCCUGGCUUCAAACCACACGUACGCUCUGCAGUUAGGGUCCAAUCGAGUCUGGGAUUAUGCGGGCGAUAACUUCGUGCACCGUCUGGUGCAGAACAAGGCUGACGGGAAGCUGGUGGCGUCCGAGGGCGCCGCCGCGGAGCCCUGCGGGGAGAAAUUAGACUCCGCACAAUUAGAGUUCACCUAUAUACUGACGGCGCAGUUGGACAGUCAGCGUGCCUUCUACGAGGACAAGAUAGCUAGCAUUGCGCAAGCGCAUUCGUCAGAAGUGGCAGAGCUGAGCGCACGAGCGAAGACUGCUGAAGAAGAGAACGUGAGACUGAAGGAUGAGGUGUCUACUCUCAGCAAGGGGAACAAACAGGUGGAGAGGAAGAUGACGCAUCUCACUGCCAAGCUGUCAACUCUUCAAGGGGAGCUGUCAGAACAGCGAAGUCUAUCUACGGCUCUGGCCAGGAGUCAGUCCGAGUGGCAGUCCAGAGAGGAGGCUUUGACCAGGGAGGUCGCGGAUCUGAAGGAGCAGCUUCGCGACGUGAUGUUCUUCGUGGAAGCGCGAUCCCAGCUGCAGCAGGCGGCGGCCGCGGGCGCGGUCUCCGCGGACGAGGUGGCGGGCGCCGGGCUCAGCGUGCCGCCCGCCGCCCGCCCCGCUCGCAGGAGGCGCCGGUAGACCUGCAGCAGCUGGGUAACCCAGGACAGAAGACCCUGGUUACCAGCCAUAUAGAACGGAUCGGCUGGACGGGACCCAGAACAGAACACGCCAAGACCCUGGCCAUAUAGAAUGGAUCCAGGAAGUUGUGAUAUCAUCGGCAAGUUACCAUCUGUUCCUGGACUGAAAGAACCCGGGGAUCAUAAUGAGGGAAUGGAUCUUGGAAGAGUCAACACUUCCAGUAUGGAAGGCAUUAAUUUUGAUGUCUUUCGUUGUAAAGACUAAGAAAUGAAAGGGGACUGCCGACUUGAUUUUAUAUUGAUGCUUAUAAACAAGAUUAGAUCCAACAUUAAGGGCCACGCCUCUGAGAGAUGCCUGGCAUAUUAAUUUGGGUCUCAGUGUAACGAUACCUGAUGGUGUGGUCCCAACAUUAACUUUUAUACUGCCGAAAGUCAAUCAAUAAAAAAUAAUUUAACGAAUUAAAUGGUUAUAUAAUAUAUAAUAAGUCUUAAAGAAACAGUAUUGUGUUGUUUUUUUUUAAUUUAUGUAAAUUUAUGUCAUGGUUUUAGAAAAAACAAGGUUAAGAUAUAAGAUGUGAUUUUAUAUAUUAGUAAUAUUUGUUUUUCAAUUCUUAAAGUUACUGUGAUAUGUCAUUUAGGAUUAAGAAAAGGUUACAAUAGAUAUUGAAGUUGCUAUUACGAUGAGGGAAAACGUCGUGGGGAAAUUUGCACAUUCAUGCAACGAAAUGUGUACGAUCUUUUAAGAGUUGUCGCUGUCGCUGUCGCUGCAAAGGUUGCGGAGGUCAGAUGGAAGUCGCAUCGUGUUAAAACCGAAGUCACAUAAUCUAGGAUCCAUGGUCAAGGGCGAAAGGGGCUCUUCCCCAGAGUGGUGAGGAUGCAACCGAGACACAAGCCAGGAGGAAAAAUCAAUCUAUAUUUGAUGUUGGUUUAUUAGGAUUAUUGUAUUGUAACUUAUUGUAUUCUGAAACUGAAAAUAA